AAAAAGGCUAGAAUGUAUACCAAAAUCAUAGAGUCAGAUCAAGAUAAGUUUGCAGCGAUUGUACGCAGCGACCGUAUUAAAUUGGUAUAAAGUAAUAAUUUUAUGAACAUUAUAAUUUUAUAAUAGAUAAGUUUGAAUUAUCAGUAGAAGUAUAGGCAUAAAAUAGUUGUUAAUAUCAACAUAAUAUAGAAUGGGAAGAUUUACUUAGGUUUUCUACCACCUCAGCUACAAGAAAAAAAGGAGUUUCCAACUCUCAGUGGUCAUUCAAAGGCCACUCUACCGAUUUGGCAAGUGACUAUUUAAUUGGGACUAUUAUUUUUCUCGGCAAUGAUAUUAUAACUCAAGAUAGGUUAUAGGUAUUCCAAAAUUGAAGCGCUUACCUUGUACAAGUUGCCUAGGCAAGGGAGAAAUAUACACGUGCUAAUAACAAGCUUCCAAGCACCAAAAGAGAAAGAGACAAGCUUAUAUUUAUCCACGUGUAUGACGAAGAUGAAUGGAAUGCGAAAAUUAAUCAUAAAUAAUAGUUUUCUUCGUAUGUAUAAAAAUAAAUAAGGAAGUUUUUUUGUGCUCUUUAUGUAAUAGUUAACCUAUCUAUAGUUAUAUAGUAUCAACAUUCUGCAAACACGUAGUCACGCAAUUUAUAAAAUGAAUGCCCUAUUAAGACUGUAUUUCAGGGGUUUUGCUCAUCGCACAUGGCAACAUUGGCAACUGCAAUUUGUUGUGACAUUGACACUACAGCAGUCAUGGUUUGACGGUAGAUACUGCAGUAGUUUCCAAAAUAGGCGAAAUUUUCACUAAAAUUACCUUAAAAAGUGCAAUAAGUAAUUCUGAAUCAAUGUUGUAAGUGAAAUUCUCAAGUGUGUGAUACAAAAUGGCGCGCGGCUAUUUAGAAUUGUACAUUUUGUUCUGUUUACCGAUUAUUUCUUUGUGUCAGCAAGAUGCUGGUAUUGUGUUUAAUUAUAACAACACGUACAAAUUUGAUGUUGAAUACACAGUCAACGUCAGCAAAAAUAUAGAAUACAUCAUGGAGUUCGCCGGGGACUCGUUCGACACCCCGGCGCGAGUGACUGUCGCUAGCGACUUCGCCAACAGCACGUACCCGCUCUUCGUCACGGCGCGACAACAAAAAGGAGUGUCAUCCUGGCAGCUGCCCAUGGUGGUGGAGGUGCCUGGCAGCUACCAACAGUUCACCAACAUUUCGCGGACGCUCUGUCCACAUAACAACAUGUUCGCUGAGGACGAAGAGACCUGCGUAAACGGGGGACGGAUCAGGGUCUACUGCGGCCCCCUGAUACACGUCUCGAACCAGAACACGCCGCUCGUCCAUCUAACUUCCUCCUCACCGGACCCGAUACAAGUUACUAUUGUGGUAGAAACAGUCAAAGACUUCUACAUCAAGCUAAAUACUACAACUAAUAUAACAGUGACGCCGAGCCAGCCGAAAUACUACUUUUUUCCUUUUAAACAAGAAAAGGAAAUGGACUUAAAGAAACAAAGUGAAAAAAGACAGUCCAUGUGCAGUGGUGAAGAGAAAAGCGUGUUCUUGGAGAACAUCUUCGAGAGCCAAGAAUCCUAUUCGUGGUUCAGACAACCGAAGAGUGUGAUCGUGAUGAUAGAAUCAGAUGAUGACGUCUGUGCUGUCAUAUCCAUUCAGAAUUUUUCGUGUCCAGUGUUUGAUAAUGAGAGGAACAUAUUAUACGACGGCUACUACCUAACGAUGACAAGACGAGGAGGCAUUACCUUAAAUCAAGACAUGUUCCCCGUGGGCUUCUACAUAGUUUUCAUAGUGAAAACCUCGGACGAAGACUGCACGGGCCAAAACGUAAAUAAAACUCUACCCACGAUGGCGCGGUAUCUCGGCUGGCAGGAGAGCUACGUGGCCACUACGGCGAGGACUAAGAACUUCACCCUUCGCAUCAUAGCCACGAUAUCAUACCAGGACUACAUGAUCGCAGCGGGGGCUGCGCUUGGCUUCUUCUUAUGUUUCUACGUCGCCUUUAUAAUCACGGUGGUGUAUCAACGACGCCAAGCGAGACUGGAUGCUGAGGCUAAUUUAAAUGAAGCGGAAUGCAUCUCAUCCCCCUCGACGCCGCACGACGCGGCCAACGUGUCCGUCCGCAGGCGCCACGCCACGCCGAUCAACGCGGAGGCUGAGAGCUCCUCUCAACGGUGUCUAGUGGGCGAGGGAGAUCGCAGGGAUAUCGAAUGCAGUUCAUCAUCAGACACGGAGUCAGAUUAUUCUACGUUGGAUGACAUCAAUCGGGAGAAAGACCUGAGAAUGAUGGGGAGGCUGUGCGUCGCUAACUUGGCCAGAUGUCGUCCCCGAGUGUUGCAAGCCCGAUCCAAAAUGUACCUCUGGAACGUCCUGACAGUAGCUGUGUUCUACACCUUGCCGGUCAUACAACUAGUGGUCACAUACCAAAGGCUUUUAAACCAAUCAGGCAAUGCGGACUUGUGUUACUUCAACUCUCUCUGCGCCCAUCCCCUACUAGCGCUAUCAGACUUCAACCACGUGUACUCCAACUUAGGAUACGUGGUGCUGGGAGCACUAUUCCUGGCUGCAGUGUGGCGGAGGCACGAUUGGUACCAGGCACGGCUUAGGCGAGAAAAAGAGCUCGGCAUACCACAGCACUUUGGUCUCCUAUACGCUAUGGGCAUAGCGUUGGUCAGCGAAGGGAUGCUCUCUGCUGCCUACCACGUUUGUCCCAACAGCAUGAAUUUCCAAUUCGAUACAUCGUUCAUGUACGUGACAUCAGUAUUAUGCAUGGUGAAGAUAUAUCAAUCUCGCCAUCCGGAUAUCAACGCGAGGGCACACGCCACUUUUGGUGUGCUAGCUCUUAUUAUAUUUGUGGGUCUGGUGGGUGUACUAAACGCGAACGUGUACUUCUGGGUGGCGUUCACCAUCCUCCACCUCACCACGUGCCUCAUCAUGACCUUCCAGAUCUACUAUCUCGGCAGGUUCCGAUUAGAGAGCGGGGUUAUAUACCGCGCGGCGCGGGAGCUGGUGUCGCGGCCGCUCGCCGCCAUCACGCCGACGUACGUGGGCCGCUGCGUGCUGCUGGUGAUAGCCAACGUGGCCAACUGGGCUAUCGCCGCUUACGGAGUAGCGCAGCACAGCCGAGACUUCGCAUCACACCUGCUCCUGGUGCUGAUGAGUAACCUCUUCCUGUACACGCUGUUCUACAUCGUCAUCAAGCUGUUACAUAGGGAGUCCAUACGGUGGUACAGCUGGGUGUUCAUAGUGCUGACAUACACCACCUGGUUCAGCUCCAGUUACUUCUAUCUGGACCAGAUCACCAAUUGGGCGUUAACCCCAGCCCAGUCGCGGCAGAGCAACCGUCCGUGCUCGCUGCUGCAGCUGUACGACGCUCACGACAUCUGGCACUUCAUGUCUUCAAUCGCCAUGUUCUUCUCCUUCAACAUGUACCUGACCAUAGACGACAACCUCUUCGACACGCCGAGGAGCGAGAUCAUGGUGUUCUAGGUAUUAUGAUUGCGACUAACGAUUAAUUUAUGGAGUGUGGAAUUAAGAGUGGCAUCUCUUAUGGUAGAACUGUUGCAAAAGUGUCCAGCUGUCAGCUAUAAAUAAUAGUUCCAAAUCUCUCCAGAGUAGCGCUAGAGUAGCUAAGAACAUAGGCGUCAUUGACGGAGUGAAUUGCGCUGUCUAUGAUUUGAUUUUUUUGUUCAAGUACUCUAGGUAUUGUAGCGCCAUCUAUUUAAAGUUUUUUGAUGUUUUUUUUUGGUACAUGGAGAUUUCGUUCCUUAUCUCCACCUUCGGUAGAUUAAUUAAUAGUCUCGAUGACUGAUUAACCCUUUACCAGGCUGACAGUUCAAAAAUGACCAAAAUGAAAUGCCAGUGGAUGUCAUUUUCCAGAUCUAGAGCAGAGCCCAACUGGGGAAGUACCUCCACCUUACAGAAAACAGCAGCCAAAUAACACUAGACCCUACUCAUAGUGUUGUGUUCCUGCCGGUGAGUAAGGUUGCCAGAGCUCAACGAGGGGGGGCGGGUUUAGGGUCGGCAACGCGCAUGUAACUCCUCUGGAGUUGCAGGCGUACAUAGGCUACGGAGACUGCUUACCAUCAGGCGGGCCGUAUGCUUGUUUGCCACCGACGUAGUAUUAAAAAAAAAAUGACAAUCGAAUGUCAGUCUUACUCAUCGAAAAUAGAACACAUCUGUGAAGAGCCGCAUGUGGGAAAUAUAUAUCUCUUAGCCUGGUAAAGUGUUAAGAGCCCGGUAACGAUUUUAGAGCAAAAAUGUAAAAUUGAUAGAUUUUGUCGUUGAAAUUGUACUUUUGUUACGUAAUAUCUAUAUAACAAGUAUUGGUUUCUAUUAGCACGUCUUCUCAUCUUGCCUUUUUUAAUUUCGCUGUAUUUUUUGUUACUAUGGUAUCUGAAGAAUUACAGGCAUAGAUAUACCUUAUCCUAUUGUGAGUACAAAGUUUCAGAGCACUCUAGCUAGUCGUGUUAAAAUGAGAGCGUAACUACGUUUGUAUGGAGAACCGAGCUUGCUGCGGACUCUUAAUAAAAGGAAUGAUUGAUCGAUUGAUUUAAGGUGCUUGAUCAAAUGUAUUAAUUUAUAAUAAUGUACAGUUAAAAGCCGAAGGAGCUAAGCGGGUAAGGUCAGCAUUAUUUGCCCUUACUCUAUUACCAAUAAAGUUUUCAGUACCCCUAGUGUAAAUUUAGUCGAUAGCGAAACGUGACGUACGCGUUUGCGUUAAGUCUCAUUUUGUAUGGGUUUUUGAACAGCGCGCCAAGCGGGACGUUUUGGAAGGUCAAAAAUCUCAUACAAAAUGACACUUAACGCAAACGCGUACGUCACGUUUCGCUGUCGAAAAUAUUUACACUAGGGGUACAGAUCAUUUUUAAGAGCUCACCUGUUUGUCCUCUGUGACUUUAGGUAUUUAAGCAAACAAACAAUUUGUACAUUUUCGGGUAGUUAUAACAUUUAUUGGUUAACCGACCAAAUACAUACCGCCUGGAUCUGUCACUGACCAACCUGACUUUAACCUACAUUAUUUGAUCAUGUAAUGCUUUCAUCUACCCUCAACUUGCUUAAGGAGUCAUUUGAGGGUAGAUUUUGUUUACUUUUAUUGAAAUACCUACAGAUACAGAGUUAUAGCUACUUCAUUUUGAUUGUUAUGUUCAUAAAAUGACAAUUAUAUAGUGAUUGAUAGCAAAGACAAUUUGAAAUAGAGGUGGAUUGUCAAAAAAAAUUUUGUAGUCACAGUAAAUUUACUGCCAUCUUUCGACGCAUGAUUAAAACUUAUAGAACGCCAUUUAACUUUGAUCCUUAUUCUUUCACUGAUAUGUGUUCAAUUAGUUAAAUAUCAAAAAGUGGCGCCAUCUUACCGGGUACUAUCUAAAGGUUAUGGCGCCAUCGCUCGAAACGACACGAUGCUAUUAUAUGGCGCCACUUUUUGAUUUUUAUUAAUUUAAUUUGAUCAAAGUCAAACGGCGUUCUAAAAGUUUUAAUCAUGUGUCAAAAGAUGCCAGUAAAUUUACUGUGGCUACAAAGUUUUCUUUGAAAAUCCACCUCUAUUUCUUUGCUAUCACCCCGUUACAGAUUUUCACCAAGAUACCAAACUGUAAAGAUGUAAUUGUUACGAUUUAAUGAUCUCAAAUUAUUUCUUAGUUUCAUCAUAUUGAUAUGUCAUAUUCAUAUAUUUUCACUACCAACCUACUUCAUAUUAACUGUAUUUUUUUCCCUUUUUUAAAAAUCUGUGGGUAUACAGGAAGCCUCAGAAAUAUGUACACGGACUAUGAGCUCAAUAAGAUCUACACACAAAUUUUUAGACGCUUCGAACUAUUGUAAUCUAUUCCAUGUUUUCACGUUACCUUAUAAUUAUAAUGCCUUAUCACACAUAAGCCCCAAUUUUUUUCGUGAUUAAAAUGUAUUUAAAGUUACUUUACAUACAUUUAGGUAGAUUUUAAAUCUAUUUUAUUAUACAAUGAAAUUAUUAGAAGCUUGAACUAUAUAAUAUAGAAUACUCCUACACUGCCUUAUCUGCAGAAAUAGCUUAGAUUAUAUUAACACUACACCGUGUAACACGAGGAAUUCGAAAGAUUUUAACCGAGCAUAUCUAAGGACAAACAAGAAAAAAAUUUUAGUAAAUAAAUUUACCCAAAAAAAAAUUUCGUUUUUUUUUUUUUAAUUUUGUGUAUGUGUUUGUACAUUGUUUUUGGUAAAAUUGGCACUUGUAAUGAAUUUUAAAGGUUUUUUUAAUAAAUCCUAGGUUUGAAUGAAUGAAUGAAAGUUUAUUCACAAGAACAUAUGGUACAUUAGAUAUCAUUAACAUUGUUGACCCUUGAUAUGCUCGGCCCUAGGGCAUGUGAAAAUUAUUUGUACUGACACAGUUUAUGCAUGUCAAAGUAAAAUACGUUACAUAAAUUUCGUGUUUCCUAAAAUAUUAUCAAAUACAAACAUUAAAUUAUUAAAUACAGACGUCAAGUUUUAAGUCUCAGUCAGUUAGUCAUUCAAAUGCAAAGUAUUACUUGUCACUUUUUGACAUCUAUCAAUAACGAUGUUUAGACUACGCCCCAUAAUGGCAUCAUCCCCAUCAAAAAGGCGUUUUGCACUAAGUCACAAUAAGAUGUUUUUUUUUUUUAAUUUGUAUUAGCUCUGAAACUAGGCGAAUUAUAGAAAAGUUUAUAGGACAUUUUAGUCUUACAGAGCCCGGUAAAUAUUUUAGAGCAAAAAUGGAAAAUUUAUAGAUUUAGUCGUUGAAAUUGUACACCUUUUAUUACGUAAUAUCUAAAUAAUAAGUAUUGGUUUCUAUUAGCACGUCUUCUCAUCUUGCCUUUUAUUAAUGAGGUCGCAAGCGUGCGUCCCCGGUAAUAUGUGACGAGAAGGGACAGUUUUUAAAAAUUCAUCAAAAAAUUAUGGUGGUAAAUUAUAAAAAUGAUGUAUAAGAACAGUUUCAGCAAAUGAUGUAGAUUGUUUAAGUAUCCAAAUUACGUUGAAAUUAAGUCGAUUUUCAGAGAAAUUGUCACUUGUUUUGAAGUAAUUUCUGGAAAAAAUUGAUUUCGUUUAACUUUCAUUUACACUACUUCAAGUUUAUAAUAACAAAAAUGUAGUAUAUUAAAGUUGAAGUACAGGAUAUGUGUAAUACAAAAUUACCAUUUUUAGCAGUCCAAACUUUACGAAAUUUACAAAUAAGAGCUUUAAAAUCAGUGCUUUACGCGCGUUUUCCUAAACGUCCAUCAGACAAAAAAUCAUUACUAAUUAAGUGAGUCGGUUUAAAUAAUAAUGAUUUAUUAAAAUGAAAGAUAACAAGACGUCCUAAUAGAAACCAGUACUUGUUAUUUCUAAUAGUUAACAAAAAGUGUACAAUGUCAUCGACUAAAUCUAUCAAUUUGACAUUAUUGCGACUAAAAUCGAUAACGGCCUCUUAAAUGUGGUCAGGAAUACUAUUAUAAUAUUUCGGGUUCCAAGUGUUACACCGUGUAUAGCAACCGAUUGAACGCUUAAAGACGUCUCAACACGUACUUCAGGCUCGGACUGGACGCAAUGACGUCCAUAGACGUCAAGAAUUGACGGACAAAUUUAAAUAAGUCAAGAAAAAGGUUCAAGGUUGUAAAAAAUAUUUUCCAUGUCAAUAUCCAGAAAGGAAAAUGGGGACUACGUUUGUAUAGAGAUGUGGCCGCCCCUUUCCUCUCGCGAGCUAUUGUGUUGAGAUAUUUGUCGUUCAAAGGGUUGCAUUUUGCGUUACGUUUUUGUAUUAUUUUUGUAUAGAUUUUUAAAAUGAUUUAUUUACCACAUAAGUAACGAGUGAAUGCAUAGCUAGUCUGUCAAAUAAAUAUGAUUUUAUAAUAAAAUAAA